AAGAAAAUAGCGAAACAAUUGCCCGUGCUGGCGACGGAUCACGUUGAUGGAGUCACCUACGAUGACCUGCCACAAUACGGUAAAGUGCAUAUUGUUGCCCAAUCCGCUUCCAAUCCGGGUGACAAUUUCAUGAGCGACACUUUUAUUGUGACGGCUCAAUUGAUAAAACAAGAUGACUUUGGAAACGAAACUAAACAUACCUUGAGUGCUUUCAUCAAGGUCUUACCAUCGAACACAAUGCUGCGCGUCAUUGCUUACGAGGCACGGACUCACCACCGCGAGAUGGACGUCUACCAAAACUUCUUUGGACUUUUGCGAGAGAUGCACACAGGGCAACCGAUUCCGCUGGAUGUCCCAGAUGUCUACUACACUCAUAUGGAGGAAAUGGUUCAAGGCGGAGCGGAUGGAUCGGGAACUUGUACUCUUCUCGAGGAUCUCAAGGCUGAGGGUUACGUCAUGGCCGAUAAAGUCGAAGGCGCUGAUUAUCGACACUGUCAAAUUGCACUGACGUCACUGGCCCAUUACCACGCCUUGACACUGAGUGCAGUGAGAAAGUGGACAGACCCAUCGACGGGAGAACUCUCCAAAAUUCCAACUGCAGCCAAACCCAUCACGGAUGGGAAUAAAAUGCAUGACACAAGCCUUUUUCAGAUGAUCAAAGACAACAUCCAAAGUGUGAUCGAAUUUGGCAAAGAUGUUGAAAGGCUCGAUUUAGUUGAAUGGAUAGCUGGUUUUAUGGAACGUCUACCGGAGAUUGUCCAAAUUGAUACGGUGGAGAGCUGCGGUCCAUUGGCCUGCAUCUUGCAUGGGGAUUACUGGAACAAUAACAUGUUGUUUAAAUAUGCCGACGAUGGGAAGACACCAAUUGCCUUGAAAAUGAUCGACUUUCAAGUUGUAAGGAUCGGCCAUCCACUCAGCGACGUCCUGUAUUUCCUUUACAUAAGCGCCAAGCCGGAAAUAAGGGUUAGGUACAUGACUGAUUUGUUACGUCACUACUAUGACACGCUGACGGCCGAUUUGCGACUGCUUGGCAUCUCUCUCAAUUACUACACCUGGGAAGAUUUUUUGGCUGAUUAUAAGAAACGAUCCUUGAUGUGGAUGUUUAUGGGAAUAAUCGUCCUGCCGUUUGUCUUGAACAAGAAAGUUCUCGACAGGUUGGAUGAAAUGGAUGCUGCAGAGAGGCAGAAAGAACCAAAAGUCGCUGACGGGGAAAUAGUCAAAGGGGCCAGUGGAAUGAGUGUGGAAGCGGAGGAAUUGAUGAAGACUACGAUGUUGUCAAAAAAGUUGAGUGACAAUGAAGUUCUAACCGACCGUCUCAUCAAACUCAUUGACGAAGUUAAAGCCUUGCAUGAUUCUUAAACGUAAUUUUUCAUACAGCUAUUCAACGAUUUUACCAUACCUAAUGCCCACAUUGUGUUUA